AUGAAUGCAUACGGUACCACAAUUUUUGCACACUUGUUUGGCCUCCUUGCUCUCAUCCUCUUGCUUGUUUGGUUGCUGCAUUAUCGUGAGGGCAUUGAAUAUGAUUCUGACGAUCCAUUUCGUGUUUUCAAUGUUCACCCUUUUAUGAUGUUCUUUGGGUUCAUUUUCCUUGUUGGUCAAGCAAUACUAACAUAUCAAACGGUGCCGGGAACGUAUGAAACGCAAAAGAUAGUUCACUUGACACUGCAUCUGAUUGCUAUAAUUCUUGGGAUUGUUGGUUUGUGUGCUGUUUUCAAGUUUCAUGAUAUGAUGAACUGGGCAGACGUAGACAGCCUCCAUUCAUGGAUUGGCAUUGGCACCUUUUGCUUGUUUGGCUUACAGUGGCUAUUGGGUCUGGCGUUCAUGCUUCAAGGAUCUACACAAUCAAGGGCUGCGAUGGCCCCAUGGCACGUAGCAGGUGGUAGAGCACUAUUUUUCAUGGCAAUUUGUGCUGCACUAACAGGGUUGAUGGAGAGGUAUACUUCGUUAAAACAGCCACCACAGGGAGAAACUCAUUUGAUCAACUUCACGGGUCUAGCAAUUCUCUUGUUUGGAGUUUUUGUUGAUAUGACUGUUGGUUUGACCCGUUAUUCCUGA